UGCAAUCCGGAUGGGAUGUAGAUGAAGAGACAGGCCAUUCCACAGCAUUCCCAACUGGGAGGAGAAUACAUCGCGCGCGCAAGGAUAUAUAUAUGAUGCUAAUGAUGUGCCACACAACUGUGAAUGAAUCUCUGUGGAUUAACGCUGCACUUUACAGCUCGUUUUUUGUAGUUAAACGAUCUCCGUCCAGUUUUUCAGUCUCGUUCCAGAGGACAGCAGAUGGGACCGAAUAGGCUGUCCUUUUUUCACAAAUUUAAGAACCAAAACAGCAAUGGAUGCCAUGCCUGAGUAUUCCCUCUUCCUCGUGAGGAUUUUGGAGGAAUUGGAUACCAAGUACAAUACUGUUUCAUAUCAAGAUCUUUGUAAAUCCCUGUGUGCCAGAUUUGACCUGGUCCAUUUGGCUAAGCUGAGGAGUUUGCUAUUCUACACAGCAUGCUUGGAUCCAGCUUUUCCAGCAACCUUAUUCAAAGACAAGAUGAGGUGCUCGGUAGAGGACCAGCAGUCCAAGAAGUUAAUGGUGGCGGCAGACAUUGUCACCAUGUUUAACCUAAUCCAAAUGAAUGGAGGUAUGGCCAAAGACAAGCUGCCGGUGGGUCAAAGACCUAAAUUUCACAAGAACCAGUCUUUCGAGUCCUGUCGAUCUGAUAGUGACGUAUAUAAAUUUAGCGACAACGACAGGGCGUACAAUCUCUUGGACACCAGGGGUCAUCAUGUGUCUCGGAAUUCACCCCGCCCUAAGUCCGACUGUAACAACUGCCAGCGGUUCAUUCCAACCUCAGACCCCAACUUCCUCUUGGGAGUCACCAAGGAUCUAAAAUGUAGGGCAGCAUCACUGGAUAAGCUACAGCAUCUGCCACAGUACUCCAAUGUCAGUCCUCCAUGUGAGAUGCAGAGUACUUACUUUCCCAUGGAGAUUGACAGCGAGUCUACAACGGACCAGGACUCUCUGCGUGUUAAUUCAGGUGUGAAGGAUGCUUUCAUGUCCAGAGGAGAGCCAUUUACUGUGCACUCGUGUGUGCAAAAGCGGAAUAUCUUCAAAGAGGAUUUUCACAACCUUGUUGCCUUUUCACCCAAUGUGAUCACCACAGAGUGCAGAGCAAAAUCCAAAGUGGGAGGAGAUUACCAUCGGAGGGAGCUGAACAAGCCUCCCACCUUCUUUAAUCACAGUUUUGAGCUGCCAUACAGCAACCCUUACUUUGAACCCGUCAACUCACCCAUCCAGAACAAAGGGCGUGUAAAGCACGAGAGUCUGGAUGACUUGCAGGCAUCCACUUAUUUUGGACCUACAACAGUCUCUGAGUGUGUGAGCAACAGGAGGACUUCUAGCAAGCAUGGCAAACCGCCAGCCUGGCCUGUAAAGAGCUUGAGCCUCAAUACUGAAGAAGCUCCUGACUUUGAGAGGUCCUUCUUGAACGACAAAGUGGCAAUGGACAAUCAUCGCCUUAACAUCGGCGUCAUGAACAACGAUCAACAGUUUCAGUGUGCAAAAGAAAAACCCACUGCCUCUCCCUCAGGUUUCUCCAAGAAGUCCAAUGGAAUCAAAACAAAAGAAAUGACUUCGGUGGCUUGUGGACCCAGUGUAGAGAAAAGAGAGGUUGGAAAAAGGUAUAAGGACAAGAACAUCAACUGCCCAUCGUUUCAGCCAGGUAAUGUGGACAAUGGUAUGAGUGUAGGCACCCAGACCGAAAAACCUGAACACAGGAAACUAAAAGAUUUCACUAGUCACACCAAAUAUGGAGAGAGGCCCCCCUUCAAACACUCAGAUGAAGAUUCUGAGAUUGUCAGUGAUGAUAUUAGCGACAUCUUCCGCUUUCUGGAUGACAUGAGUGUGUGCGACUCUAUUGGCGUUGUGCAGUCAUCAUGCUACAACAGCAAUGGCUCACUGUCCCAGGUCACAAAAUCAGAUGGUGACAGCUCACCCGAACAUAACACGAUCAAACUGGGCAAAACUGGCAUCAAGCUCGACCACCUCUUUCAGACGCUGGAAAACUCAGACGAUGAACUCAAAGAGAGUGUUUUCAAGCUGGUUCUCAAGAUUGGUGAGAUUGAAAAGAAACUCGAGUCUCUUUCGGGGGUGCGGGGUGAGAUUUCGCAGGUGCUCUCGAAGCUUAACAAGCUGGAUGAGAAGAUUCAAGAACCGGAGCCAAAUGGGAAAACAACCGAUAACGGCAUUGUGGAGCAGAUUAAGACUGAUGUAAACCUCUCUCCUCACGUAUUCCAGUGUCACACGACAGGACACAAUAUAAAGGUAGAAAAAAGUCCAGAAUGGCGUUGCUCAGAGGCCGACGAGAGCGAAAGCCUAAGGGUAAAAGCAUUAAGGAAAAGCAUGUUUACACGCAGGUCAUCCAGAUCGUUAACUGAGGAAAAUAGUGCUACCGAGUCCAAAAUAGCUAGCAUCACUAACUCACCUCGAGAUUGGAGGACUGUUUCUUAUUCCAACCAUACAGGGGAAGAAGGAAAAGAAAGAGAGCGACAUAGUGAAGGAAAAGACAGACACAGGAAACCAAGAGAGACAGAUCGACAGUAUGAAGCCCACCAGGCACACCGUUCCUCAAAGCCGCCCAAGGACUCCUACCUGGUUGAGCAGGUGUUCAGCCCGCACCACUUCCCUUCCGCAGUCAAAUCUCAUGUAAAGGGCAGCCCUCUCUACACGGAUCUGCGGCUGACCGGCCUUGCUGAUGCCAAGCGUUCCCAGCCCUCCUGGACCAUAGAAGAAUUCAAACGUAACUCAGGAGACAAGAACAAGCUCAGCGCAUUGGACUUGCAGGUCCAGGAUUCACUCAACCCCAACAAUCUAGAAUACUGGAUGGAAGACAUCUACACUCCGGGUUAUGAUUCGCUGCUCAAACGCAAAGAGGCGGAGUUUCGCAGGGCCAAGGCAUGUAAGAUCGGUGCGCUGAUUGCUGCGGCAGCCUGCACUGUGAUACUGGUCAUCGUAGUGCCCAUUUGCACCAUGAAGUCUUGAGGUUUCUUGUAUUAUGUGGAUUUGUGUUUGUAUAAUUUUAUCUUUACUGGGUAAACCUGGGACACUAGAGAACUUUUUGUCGAGUUUCUCGAUUUAAUAUUUUAGUCUGUUAUUAGGUCUAAUUUGAGCCACUGGCCUUUUUGGGAAUGUCAUUCAAAGUAUAUUAUAACAGAGAACUCAAUGAAAUUUGAUGUUUGUCUUUUUUAUUUAUAAUAGUCAAUAUUUAUACUUUGAAUAUAGUAGAUAACCUUACUAAAGAUUCAGAGGUGCACACUUGUUUUAUAGUCCAAUAUAUUAUGUACCAAUAUGUUUUAUGUCUGCUUUUUCUGGUACUGCAAUAGAAACUGGAGGGAAAGCUUUUUUGUUUAAGCAUAUUAUAUUUUUUACCAUACUAUGAUUAUAAGAAUUAAAACAAAUGUUAUUUUGACUACACAAGCAGAAUGUUUCAGAGAGGAGAGGCAUUUAUCUUUGGAGAAUGUUGGAAAGGCUGGGUUGUGUGCAAUGCCUUUUUCUAUAAAAUCUAUAUAAUUCAUUGCCACAUGUAUUAAGUGAGACCACAUUAUGUAUGCGAGAAUACAAAUGUAAGUGAUUGUAUUGAAGGGCGAUUAAGAGUUUUGAGGUGCAAUAAAAUGAUGUUUACUCAUCAUUUUAUUAGUGACAUAGUUUUGAUUUAGGGAUGCACCGAAUGUUCGGUUUAACUAAGCUGGUUUAACUGGUUUCUCAGCCUUGUUUAGCUGGUUACAGCCAGGUUUUAGAGGGGUUUUAGAAACUUUUUAGUUGGUCUUAGCUGACCAGGCUGACGCACCAGCUUAAAAAAGCUUGACUUUGUUCAAAGAAAUCCUCCGUUGUGUGGUGUCAUUUGCAAUUAUUUGACUGCUCCCGAUUGCAUUUAUAAGGCAUGUAGGCCUCUUACUCAACGCUGGUUGCUGUUUGGUCAUGCCAUCAAAAAUUUUAUUGUGUGGUAAAAUUUAAACAGUGUUUUAACUAAUACUUGGUACACACCAAAAUAUUUUUUUUUUUUACAUCUUAUAAGAUUUUCAAAAUGUGAUAGACCACAAACAUGAGGAUAAAAAAUACUAGAUUUAACCAUUUUGCACCUAUAGUGUGUGGUGUGCCAUGAUGUGUCAAAUACAGCACAACACACACUAACAGUUUUUCAACCAUGAAAAACUUGACCAUGUCUUGACCAUGAACACAGUCUUGACCAUGAACACAGGAAAUCUUGCGAGACUUCCGAAUAAGCAUGGCUGACGAUAUGCAGGAAGAAAUUUCAAUUAAUGUGUUUGGAAUGAUUUUCAAAAAAAAAAAAAAAAUCAAGGGAAAAAAGGAAAGGAUUUGGUUGAAGUCAUGGAGACAGCGGAAACAUGGUCUGUACAAGUUAACUUUGCAUCAACUUCAAUUUGUAAUGCACUAUGACUGCUUCCGUCUUCCAUCAUCUCACUUUCUGAUUGGAUAUUGUUUCGUUUCACGUGAUAAUCUCAAGAGCGUGCAUGCGGGGUUCCCCACAAACAUCAGGAUUUCUGAUCGUAAAGAUUAAACAUGUUAAAUAUUUACAAUUCGUUAUCGGGGCGGCUCCGACGUUCUUCUGAUCAAGUUCGGACACUUUUAACACACCUUACACCAAGGGAAAAUCUGAUAAGAUAAUUUGUAGAACCAUCAAGAUAAUUGGGACAUAGCUAGGAUUGUCAGAAGGGGGGAAAUCGGCUAAAAAUCAGCCCGGUUAUCUUUUGGUGUGUACCAGCAUUAUUCGGCCGAAUGCUUUUUUACCGUUAUUUUCAGGCAAAUAGUUUCAGUUGUCGAACAUUCAUUGCAUCCCUAUAUUAGUGAGGUCUGUAUUCAAAAACUAAAUUGUAGCAUAGCUGCUUACAUUUUGAUUGUGAUUAUCUUUUGCCUUGUUAUAUCAUAACUAAUCUUAAUAUACUUGAAUUGCUAAAUUACUUUUAGCUAGCUCAGUUUGUUUUGAAAGUGAAAUGUUGCUUUUUGCACUCAUUUAUUUUAUUAAAAUUGAAAUACUGUGAACUACAAAAUUUUAUUUACACCUGUAGUAAGAACGGUGAGAGUGGUAAAAUAGUAGGACUGUGAAUGAAAACUGGCUGUUGGUCAAAAAUUAUAUUUCAUCGUGACUCUGUUCCAAAAUGCUGUUUACUGCCUACAUAAGCAGCUGACUUCUUAGGCAAAACCUCAGAAGUCACUGAUUUAGAAUAAUCUACAUAAGCAGUGACACCAUUCGCUCCCAAAGACUUGCCCUUUAAAUUAUUUCAUCUGAGUUUGGUGUGAGCGUGAUGCUAAGCUAAUGACGCAACACCCAAAUAAGCAUAACACUACAUAGCACACUGACAAUGUACAAUAGAAAAGGUGUUUAUUAUAUUAGCAUAGAGAAUUAUUGUAUAUUUUUUUGUAUUAAAUGAAAAUGCAUUUAUAAUCAACAUUUGCCACCUGCAUUGGAAUUUGGUUCCAAGAACAUAUCUAUUUUCAUUUUCAAAAUUUCAUUUAAGCGUUUGGUAGACACUUUUAUCUGAAGCAAUUUACAGGGCAUUUCAAGGUAUACAUUUUUAUAAGUAUGUGUGUUCUCUGGGUAAAAACCCAUGACCUUUGCGCUCCUAUUAAUAGUCUACCACUAAGCUAUACAGGAGUUAAUGCAGCAUGAUUGUAUUUAAUGUACUGUAAUGGGAGUGUCUAUGAUGUGUUACAUUGUUGCUGCUUACUAUACUGUAGGCAGCAUACUAGGUUUUGGAAAAGAGUCACAAAACAUUGUAACAUCCACUUAAAAUUUACAGGUUAUUCAGUCUAUGUCAUAAGGAUCCUUGGCUAUAUAAUUAUUUCUGAAGCUACUCACUUCCACAACAACAACCUGACCUAAUGUUUCCUUAACAUGGUAAAAACAUUGGCAUCCCUGCUGAAAAAAACAGCAUCAAACCAGCAUGGGAAUUAUGCUGGUCUAUGCUGGUUUGAUGCUGGUUUAGCUGGUGGUCACCAGCAUACCAGCACCAAAACACAACAUAUGCUGGUCUUGCAGGUAUGACCAGCAUGGGAUGCUGGUGCUAAUGCUGGUUUGGUGCUGGUUUAGCUGGUGCUAAUGCUAGUUUGAUGUUGGUUUAGCUGGUGCUGGUGCUAAUGCUGGUUUAGCUGGUGUUCACUAGCAAACCAGCACCAAAACACACCAUAUGCUGGUCUUGCUGGUAUGAUGGUUUUUUCAGCAGGGCUGUCUUUGUAAAGUAGUUUGUUGAAUAAUGGCAGGUUUGAUACCCUACAUUUUAAAGGUGAAGUUUGUAAUUCCCUCAAUGAUGAAAUAUUAUACUUUCUCCUGUACCAUUAUAAUGUGCAGAAAGAGUCUAAAUGGGUGGCACAGCGGCUCAGUGGGUAGCACUGUUGCCACACAGCAAGAAGAUCCUUGGUUUGAGACCUUGCUAUGUCAUGUGGCCUUUCUGUGUGGAGUUUCAAUGUUCUCCCUCUGUCAGUGUGGGUUUCCUCCUGGGUACUCCGAUUUCCUCCCACAGGACAAAAACAUGUAAGUUAUGUCGAGUUCAGACCGCACUACUUUCAAAGUAGUCGAGUCACAGAUCUUUUCACACUGCAUGAUUAUCUGGGGUAGCGUGCAGUCGUUGCUGUGUUGACACUGCACUAUGGAUUGGCAACGAGUUUUUGUAACAGUCAGAAGAAAAAAAGAAGAUUGUAAAGGAGGAAAUGGUUGGAGAGACUCCUCCCUAAACUUCCAGCUAUGUUGCUCUAUCAUUGGCUGUAGGUCAUCGCUGAUGUUAUUUUCAGUCAGAACACAUUUCACUUGCCGAUUCUCUCAGAUCGCGUCUUUGACAAUUCACACUGUUUGAUUGUCCCUCACGUGAACAAGCACCGAUUUGCCUGUGAUUUCAGGUAUUUGUCUGCGAUUUCUCAAAACUUGCCAGCGAGUCAAAAUUGGGGCAUAAAUCGUGCCAUCUGAACUCGGCAUUAGGUGAAUUUGAGAUACGGAAUUUGCCCCUCCCCAACCUGUACAGUAUAUGGAUUAACUGGUUCUCGCCAUGUAUUUAGCCAUAGAUGCUGAAAUGGUGGAAAAAAUAAAUAAAGAGGAAGACAAAGAGUCUAAACACUGUGGCAUUUUCAAAACACUGAGCAACGAUGGGAUUGGUAGAAGUGUUUGAAAGCACCCAUCAUUUUUUGCUGUUCCAUUUAAUGGUGAUAGUGACCUAGAAAUUACAGACUUCACCUUUAAGAUACUUUGGAUAUGCACAUGGAGUGUUGAUAUUACAACUUCUGCUACAAUGCUGUAGACCUCUGUGAAAUGUAUUUUCACUGUAGUUUUGCAAUAUUAGAAUAAAAAAUUAAAAGGCUUAUCCAAAAAAAAAUUUAUUAUGCCAUUUAAUUGAUCAUAAAAUUUCAAAUCAGUUUAAAAAAAAACACACAUACAUACAAAUUUCUAUUAAUGAUUGAAGUGAACUUUCAUUUUUGGUUUAACAACUCUUUAAAUCAGCCCAACCAAUAUUUAGGUCAUUGAAUGUGACCUUUUAUUUAAUGUGCAGGUGACCAUGCCUUUGACACAGGUACUGUGUGUAGUAGCACGCUGUAGGACCAUGUAAAUAAUUUCAGGUUCAAAGUGCAUUGUGUCAAUCAAAUGUAUUCUAAUAAAUCUCUUACUGUUCA